AUGGGAGAAGCGCCGAUUGAUGCGAACGACGACGAUUUGAUGGGAAUGUUACGUCAACGCCCAACACAAGGCCAUUCCUGCCGUACAAUCGCAACACCCGUGGCGAGCUCUCAAACAGAACGUAGCGAAAUUUGUCGUCAAAUCAACCCCACCGAUGGUGGUGGUCUUGAACUCAGCGAGGUGAGAAUGAUGCCACAGACAGCUCGGCUGUCAGCCAGCCAGCUAGCCCAUCGCUGCCUCUAUCGUAAUUCCCAUCUGAUGAAUAAUGCACCAGCUGAGAGAGAAUGA